CGCGAGGCCGUUUGUCUAGGAAAGGUCUUUUCGGAGGAUGCAAUCCGGUUCGCCCGGCGGCCGCGGAGAUGCAGACUCAUGCACCGCCAGCAGAUGCCGCUGCAGAGACAUUCAGGCUAGCAAAGGUGGAUGCUUGCCGUGGUAUGGGCAAAUGGGAGGGUCAAGGUGGCUACGACAUGGGGUGGACCCAGAACUAUUGCUCUCGGUCUGCACAACCGCGAUUUGUGGAUUCGGAGCAUUGUGACGCUACGACGCUACGUUGGCACACAUGCUUGCUAGCCUCCUGUCUCGCCUCCUCUUCCCUAGCAAUCCGCCCCUCCACGUAAAUCUCUUCGCCCAGCGGUUCUUGUCUUGGUUCUUCAACAUCACAAACAACCUCAGCGCAACCCUAGCAAACCCGUCCAAUAGCAUUUUACGUCCUACCGGAUUCGAAACGUUUCUCUGCAGGCGACGAAUUCUUCUGUCAAACGAGUUCCUAGAAUGGUUGAUCAGAUGCGUGGUUGAGAUCGCCGCACUCCGUCUAUAGCUGCAGUAUAUUCAGCCCGACCAACCACGGCGUCUGUGUACGAAUUUUCCUUUCCUGUCCAACCCAACUCACAGCAUUGCCGGCCGAUGCGCUUCUUCCCAACAUGGUACAAUUCAGUCAACAAACAUUAUUAGUAGAGUCAUGGACUCUUUUUGGCUUGGGUGUUCUGGUGGUUAUCUGCCGAAUGGCCUCGCGGCGCAUGAAAUUAGGAGCAUGGAAUAAACUUGGCCUCGAAGAUUAUUUGAUGGUCUUUGCACUGGCCAACUUUGCUGGUGUCGCAUAUUCCAUCAAUGAGGUUGCAGCCAACGGCAGCAGCUAUCUUCCAGCGGAAACAGUGGCCGGCCUUACCCCGGAAGGGAUUGCUCAGGCUGUAUAUGGCAGUGUCAUGACGUUUGUACUUGAAAUUGUCACGAUCACAGGCCUUUGGACUAUCAAGACGUGUCUUUUAUUGCUCUACAGCCGAAUCACUAAGGGCGGACUUCACCGAGAGCAUAUGAUUGUGAAAUUUGUCGGUGUAUUCUGCUUAUUUUCUUAUCUGUUGGUUAUGCUUUUGUUCUUGUUUUAUUGGUGCCAACCCAUACGGGGAUACUUCCUCGUGCCGUACGAGCAAGAACAAUGCGCGACGUACUACCAUCACCUUAUUUUUGCGACGGCAUUUAACAUCCUAACCGAUCUUAUGCUAUUCCUAAUCCCCAUCCCAAUUAUUAUUCGAACAAGCAUGCCUGUUCGACGCAAGAUAAUCCUCUGCUUCAUUUUGGGGCUCGGUGUCUUUAAUAUACUGGCAUCGAUUUUAAACAGAUACUACAACUUUACAUACGACAACUCGUACGUCUUCUUGUACUGGUAUAUCGCCGAGAUGGGCGUAGCCAUGUUUGUUGGUAACCUGCCGCUCUGCUAUCCUCUUCUUCGCCUAGCGUUGGGCAAAACGCAAAGUUCCAGUCACGAUACGCCACCAUAUAUCGUCACCAUUGGCAGUGAACGCAAGAGGAGACCGCGAGGUCGAGAUGAAACCAUCCUCAAUACUGUUGGAGGCACACAGUGGGACAAAUUGGACGAACAGGAGCACGCAGUUGAUGCUCUCAACGGCGAGAGUACACUGGUACACUCUGAGAGGGGUAGUGAGAUUGAGCUGGUAAUACAGGGGAGAUGCCAUGGACAUCACCACCAAACAACAGUCAGCUCUCAUAGUGCUGAAGAUCAGCGCUCUAACCACAGCCCGUCAAGUAGCCGAGAUGGCAGUAACGGCAAGGAGAAUAUAAUGGUCGUCCGAACGGUGGAUGUUUCCACCUCGGGUCGCCACAAGUAAUGGCUGAAGCCACACAAUCAAAAUUACUGUACAAUAUGGAAUAGGGAUACAGGGACAUUCAUCAGCAUGCGCGCUUUUACUCCGGUCUUGUAUUAUGGGACUGCAGAAGCAGCCAGCGCCAGUAGCACAUGGAUCUCAGUGAACAAGGUGUUGCUAUAUAACGACAUUGUUUUGCAUAUUUGGUUUUGAGACGGCCAAUUAGAUAAAUAGGUAUGAAUGAAAAAUAUACCCGGACAGGAAAGGCAUCAAUUGUUGCCUAGUAAGCCAUUGUACUCCACAAGGCCGAGUGACGGUGACUAGAUGGUUUUAACUAUUAAGCACUUGAGACAAGAAACUACCAGCUGAGGCGAGAUUCUUGUCGUCAAGUUGCCGUAAUCGCCCCAUCCAGGCAAUUACCUGUACCUGUGUUUGGAGCUUAUUCUGCAGAGAGACCUCAGUCUGGUAGAACAAAGCCAUGCCUUCAUCUUCCGGAGGGUGACUGCGCCUUAGAUGGAGCAAUAUGAAUAGCUUUGCAAGGUACCAAAAGUUAAGAGGAUGUACAAAUCCACGCUGGAUAUCGUUUUGAUAGUCCAGUUGUUUUCUUGAAUCCCAAUUCCGUCUCCAAGCACCGAGUGUUGCAUUGAUUUGCAUAAUAGCCAUCGAUGCGUAUUGCGAGACGAAUUUGUCUACGGAACUGGCGACAUGCUCCCCCGGGAAAUUUUGGCGCAAAAGAUUGGAAAUCAUUGGUGCUGUAACUGCUUCAGGGAUGAUGCUGUCCGAUUCAAGUUCCUGUUCUAGUGUUCGGACGAGCAUGGAAUGAAUAGCCAUGAUGGACUGCAGCAUGCCUCCGUCUGAGGCUUCAAACAGCCAUGCACUAGACGGAGGUGCUAAACGAAGCAUCUUCAAUGAUGUGGUCAGGCUAAUGCUCUGCGGCCGCGCUUGUAAAAAGUGUAAGCAUUCAGAGGCCGUGCCUGCUGUCCAGCAGUCGUUGUAGCAGGGGCUGGAUAGUGGGUAGUUGAACGGUGAGACAUGAGUUGCCGCUCUAGCAAAGAUGCUAUUGCCAAUGCUGUCGAUGAAGAUGUAGUGGGAUAG